AUGGAGUUAUCAUCCAAGCUUUCAGUUUCUUUCUUCUUCUUCUUUUUUCUUUUUGCCCUCACAACAUAUGCCCAAAAUUCACCACAAGACUAUGUGAAUGCCCACAACGCAGCAAGAUCACAAGUGGGUGUUCCUAACAUAGCUUGGGAUGAAACUGUUGCUGCUUUUGCACGGAACUAUGCCAACCAACGCAAGGCUGACUGCCGACUGGUCCACUCCGGUGGAGAUGGCAAGUACGGAGAGAACCUUGCAUGGGGUUCCGGCGACUUGACCGGCACGGAUGCCGUGAAGUUGUGGGUGGCCGAGAAGAAGUACUAUGACUACAAUAGCAACUCGUGCGUUGGUGGGGUGUGCGGGCACUAUACUCAGGUGGUUUGGAAGAAUUCGGUUCGUCUUGGUUGUGCUAAAGUGAAGUGUGACAAUGGAGGAACUUUCAUUGGCUGCAACUAUGCUCCUCCUGGCAACUACGUGGGACAAAGACCUUAUUGAUCGAUCCAUGAAAGGAAAUAAUUUGCAUUGAAAAUAAAUAUAUGAAACAACAGAAUGAUAUUGCAUGUAUUUUGUACUAAGAUCAUAUGUCAGUGUCAUGUUAUGAUGAAAUAACAAUAAAUUUUAAAGUACUUUUCUGAAUAAUAAUAAGUAUUAAGAUCGUAUGUCAAAGUAUCUCGUAUGUGAUGUUUAAUAAUAAGUUUGAAGUAUUUCAUGUUUAAA